GUGGCUGUUGAGUGGCCGGGAGGACGUGCUCCAGGCGUUUUAAGUUCAUCAGCAUGCACGGCAAGACCAGCCCAGAUUUCGCCUCGCCAAUGGCGGCGACUCUCUCUCCGAUGCCCAGUGGAGGUGACCGGGUGCGCGGAUCGGGCACCAAGAAUGGCUGUAUGAGGCAAAGAGAUGGUUAAAACCAGUAUGUUGGUACUCCGCAUAUCAACAUGGGCUGCCGGUGGCUUCAUCGGUUCACUGCAUCCGCCUGAAGCCUCCCGAAUCGCUCUUGUCUACCCAAUUGCAAUUCCAAGAUCCUGGAGAAAUCCGGCGAAAAAGUCGAUCGACCUGGGUUUGUGUGCCCUGUGCCGUGAAUAGAAUGGUGUAGGGUGAGAGAGAUCGGUGGUGAACAUGGGUGAAUCAGCAGCUGCAGCAAAACGUCGUACGAGACGCAUACCGGAUGAGCUUCGGAAGAGGUCCGCCCAGAGUUGCGAUCUAUGCAGGAAGCGGCGUUGCAAGUGCGUUACCGAACCCAAUGGCGUCGACUGUGUCGCUUGCAAGGGGCAGGGCCUCUCGUGCACGUUCACCCUCCCGAGGAAGACGCGCUUCUAUGGGUCCCUUGAGGAUCUGAGUGAUCGAUAUAAAUGCCUCGACGCCAUUGUUCGCGCAGCUUUCCCCAAUCACGCUGUGGCCACGGCCUCUGACCUCAUCAAGCUUGGUCAGCACCUCAACAUUGAAAUACCAGACCUGUCGGCGGAGGAACCUGAUAGUUUCGACACACUUUUAAAGGAUCGGCUCAAGAGUACAGAUGAGUCGUCAGUAAUCGGGACGCAGCCAGGUCGUCGCAAGAGUGUGGACUCGGGAUUCGACACAGGGAGAGAGACGGAUGGCCACCAUGAUGACUCCCUUGGCAAGAAAGAGGAUCCUGCUUUCCAAGACCAGAAGGUAGCACUUCUCCGGGACACCUCUGGCCAUGAACAUUACAUCGGACCUUCGGGUAGCCUGCAGUUCCUGGACCAACUGCGCCGUUUACUCAUCUCCCGAGACUCCGAGAUAUCGACGACCGGCAAUGGUCACACUACGUCUGACGGACGGGGGCCCACGGUGUCCCAGGUAAUUGACGACGGAGCUCGCUUCAAUGGAGUAUCCCAGACAACCAAUGGCGGAAUAACAGAACGCCAGGAAGUCGCACAGGUGGAGGACUCAUUAUCGCCGCAGGCUCCCAGCGCUUCAACUUCUGGACUGGCACGAACUGAUGAGAUACACGAUCUUCUAGACCAGGUCCCCAAAAGGGAGAUCGUCGAGAGCCUGCUCCCUCUAUAUUGGGCCAAUGUACAUGAUGACUUCCCUCUUUUCCACCGAGAGACUUUCGAGAAGGAGUACCAGUCUUUUCUUGGGAAUCUUGGCCAGCCUGUGAGCUACCCCUUGGCCUCAGGCGUUGCCAGGCCAGACCAUGGCUGGAUCGGAUGUCUACAUAUGAUGGUUGUUUUCGGAUCACUCUCAAGCGCAGGCCACCGCGAUGACGUUGGGUCAAAAGCAUUGCAAAAGUACUGCGUCGAUGCCACGCGGAAUCUGCUCCCACGCAUCGUCACCAACUGCUCGCUGUCAGGAGUCCAGGCACUCUUACUUCUCAGCCUAUUCCUCCAUAACGACAACGAACGCAACACUGCCUGGAACCUGGUCGGGACGGCAACCCGGAUCUGCUUCGCGCUUGGCCUUCACAGGACUGACACAGCAGAAAUCUUCUCCCCGGUUGAGAGAGAAAUCAGGAAGCGAGUAUUUUGCACCCUCUAUGGCUUCGAACAGUUUCUUGCCUCCAGUCUUGGAAGACCAAGUGGUGUCAACGAUAUUGAUGUGCAGGUAGUCCAUCCUCGAGGCGGGAUCCUCAGUGGUCGCCAACACAGCGAUGACGCCCUUGCUAUAAUGACUCUGAAGCUUAACCAAAUCCUGUCAACGUCCCGGAACCCCAGAUACGCGUCUGCAUCCACCGCACAGGCUCCACACGAAGCGCACCAGCUCUCAGUUGAAGAAGUCCUCGCGUCCUUGAAGGCAUGGAAACUUGAGUUGUCCUCUUUACAAUCACUGGACGUGCCCGUACUCGCGGAGAAGGACGACAAACUUCCUGUUCCCACUGGGUCACGGAUGGAAGCCGGCGAGCUCAAGACCCUCCUAGGGUGGCGCGACCUUCCUACUGUCCGGGAAAUACUUCUUCUCUACCUUCAGUACCACUACAUAUACAUUCUUGUCACAAGACCCUUCCUCCUGAGAAGCAUUACGGCGAGCGUCAAGACGGCCCGGACGCCCGAGUACGGACCAAGCCCUGCUAAGACGACCACGAACAAGAUCGGCCAGUUCUCGGAUUUAUGUUUCCGCCACGCUUGCCAGAUGGCCCGCCUUCUUCUGCUCCUUGACUCGUUCGGCCUCAUCCACGGGGCAUCAGGACUCGACGUGUUCUUUGCAUACUCGGCGGCCAUGGUAUUGAUCCUCCGGUCCCUCAGACUGGACGCACAAGAAGAAGGGUUGGGUACGAAGACAGAACACAUGUCAAACGGUGGAGGGAUGGGUGUAAAUCAUAACCUGAAAACCGCAAAACAGGUUGAUGAAAAGUCUCUUCUUGGGGCUUUGCGUGAUUUGAUAGUACGACUGAGGGAGCUGGUUUUGAAAGUACCGAAGUCGAGUACGAUGGAGCGAUUCGCACGAGCCAUGGUCACUUUCGAAGAGAGUGCAUACCAUGUCAAGGUCAAGGCCGAGCCGGACGACAGUGAACGCGACCCGGGAUCUUCCAUGGGUCAGCAUCAUUAUGGCUCUCACUUUUCAGGUCCCAACCUGCUGUUCCGAGGCCUCAUGGACGCAAGCUAUGGCCCGACACCUGCCAGUGAUGUGCUGGGUAUGGACCAGCCGAUGCAGAAUGGAGCCCCUGGGAUGAUGCAUGGCCAACAACACCAGUUCCUUGGAAAUGGAUGGGCGGUACCACCGUCGGCUAUGGGCACGUAUGGCAACCAGCCUAAUGGCCUCACGUCGUUCGAUUACUUGCCGGGCUUGAAUCCUUGGGGCGUGGGUGGGGACCAGAAUGCACAGCAGGGGACCGAAAUGCCGAUCUACGGAUGGGAAGACUUGGAGUCUAUGCUUGGGAAUGGGAGGAGUCAGCCCCGGAAGUUCUGACAGCCCUUCAACGGCCGCUGUCUCAACUAUUGGGGCUCGGAAGAUAAUGACACGGGCAGCACGGCUGAGUGACUUGGUUAUAUAAAUGAUUCGGAUACAUUGGUACGCUGCUAUCAUUUUGCCGCUCGACCGUAUAUACAAGUAACUGGCCUCGAGACUACCAGGUCACCUUGGGGGGCCAGUUUUGCUACCAUUUAAUUGUUGGAGUUCGCUGAUCAA